AUGGCAAUUGUUACCAAGACCGAGGACCAAAAUGAGGAGGGCGACGAUGAGGAAGACAGUGAGGAAGAGGGCGAUGACGAAGACGAGGACGGAGAAGUUGGGAAGAAGGUAAAGGCAAAGAAGCCAACCUACACCCCUGGCCGCGGCGCGAAGAAGUGGGAAACGCUUUACCACAACGGGCCUUGCUUCCCGCCUGAGUACGAGCCGCUCCCGUCGCACAUCAAGCUCGUAUACGAUGGGACUCCUGUUGCACUCCCGCCGGAGAGCGAAGAGGCGGCCAUGUUCUACGCAGUCAAGCUCGAGACGCAGCACGCGCGCAACCCUAUCUUCAACAAUAACUUCUUUAGCGACUUCAAGAAACUUCUUGCCAACUACCCUCCGAUGGACAUGAGCGCGCCGAAGCUCGAGAAAUUCGAGAAGCUCGACUUCAGGCCGAUGUACGAAUACUGGAAAAGCUUGAAAGACGCGGAAGCAGAACGCAAGAAAGCUUUAGCGCCGAGUGCGCGCAAGAAGGAAGUGGAGGAGAGGAAGAAGGCGGAGGCAGAAAUGAAGACGUGCAUUGUCGAUGGCAUCGAGCAGAAGGUAGGGAACGUGAUGGUCGAGCCGCCGGCGCUCUUCCUCGGCCGUGGCGAACACCCAAAGACGGGCCGUAUUAAGACUCGGGUCAUGCCGGAGCAGAUCACGAUCAACCACACACUCAAUGAUCCAAAUCACCCGCCCCCUCCACCGCCCAAGGGGCAUAAGUGGAAGGCUGUUGUCGAAGACAAGAACACCACGUGGCUCGCAUUUUGGCAGGAGAACAUUAAUGCUCAACACAAGUACAUGUUCCUCGACCCCACCAGCAACUUCAAGACAAACGCUGACCGAGAAAAGUACGAGAAAGCUCGGCGAUUGGACAAGACAGUAGCCAAACUGAGGAAGAAUUACACUAAUGCUCUCAGCUCGAAGUCGCGUAAGGAGCGACAAGUCGCCACAGUCAUCUGGCUCAUCGAUGUCUACUCUUUGCGUGUCGGUAAUGAGAAGAAGGAAGACGAGGCGGACACAUACGGCGCUUGCUCCCUCCUCUCGGAGCACUGCACGUUGAUCGAGCCAAACAUCGUCAAGCUGAGUUUCCUCGGUAAGGACAGCAUGAAGUUUGAAGACGAACUCAUCUGUCCCGAGCAGGUCUUUAAGAACUUCAAGAUGUUCGGCCGCAGUCACGCCAAGGACAAGAAGUCGGGAAAGAUCCAACUUAAGAAGGGCACAGAGCCGAUCUUUGAGGUUGUCGACCCGUCCGACAUCAACAGAUGGCUGCAGUCUCGCGAUAAUGGCGGCAUGCAAGGUCUGUCGGCUAAGGUGUUCCGUACCUACAACGCAUCGACGACGUUCCAAGCUCUGCUCAACAAGACCGAGGAGUGGUUAUCGAGCCGCAUAACGGCUGACGAGCGCGCGCUGACGCCUGCUAACUUGCGAUUAGCAUACAAUGAAGCGAAUAGGCAGGUGGCCAUCUUGUGCAACCAUCAGAAGACUGUCAAUGCCGUCGUACACGAGAAGAGCAUGCAGCGGACCGAAGAGAAGAUUUUUGCGCUUCGCUACGAGCGGUUCAAAGAGCUGCAAAAGCUGAAAAACGCUGGGAAGCCGGCCGACUUGAAAAAACAAUACCCGGCAAAGGAGCAUGACUGGGCAAAACACUGGAAGACUAUCUUGGAGGACGUCGACCUGGACCCUGAGGAGAUCAAAGCGCACGAGGAAAAGAUGAUCUCGGACAAAAAGGCGCGCAUCCAGAGCAGUUUUGAGCGCGCGAUGAAGGAGCAAGAGUACCUCGAGGGUUUAAAAAAAGCCAAGAAGGACGAAGGAGUAGACAAGAAAGCAAAGGGCAAGAAGAAGGCGAAAAAUGAAGAUGACAAGGAAGAAGUGGUAAACAAGAGCCUCAAGAGCAAAGAGCAGGUGCGAGACGAGCUCAAGGCGCUCGAUGAGCGCUUGAAGGAGCUGGAGAAAGAGCGCAAGUCAGGCCGGUCGCUUGCGGAGAACGUCAACGUUGCCAGCUGCGCCAAGAAGAUUCUCGGCAAGGUCGAAGCGAUCAAGAAGCAGGAGGCAGAGCGCAUCAAUAAAGAGAACACCAAAGAGGUCGCGUUGGGGACGUCUAAGCUGAACUACAUUGACCCACGAAUCACGGUGGCGUGGCUGAAGAAGUGGGACCAGCGGUUAAUCGAUUUGGCCGGUGCUCCUAAGAAGAAGAGCGGCAGCAAGACGAAGAAGGAGGAUCCGGAUGCCAGUUCGGAUAAGAAGUCCAAAGCUAAGGCCAAGAAAGAGGUGAAGGACGAGAAGCCUGAUCAGCGCAAGAACCAGGCAGUCGGCAGCGAGAAGAUGGAGCUUGGUCUGCAGAUCAUGUCGAUCGGUCAAUUCUUCCCGAUGACGAUGCAGAAAAAGUUCAAAUGGGCUGCUACCGGUGAUGACGACGACAAGGACCUUUCGCCUGACUGGGUCUUUGUUGAGAAUUCAGAAUCCAAAAUGCGCUCGAUGAACAGCGCACAGAAAAAGCAGAUCGAGGAGGGUGCGCCGGACGAGGCUGACAAACCCAAGUCGAUCUUGGUCAAGAAGAAGGCAACUGCCAAGGCCAGCACGAACGCGGAUUUCGACAGCGACGACGAGCCUCUCGGCGAAAAGGCUUCCGCAGUUCCUUCUACGAGCACGAAGCCAAAUGGCGCCGAUGACUCGGACCUUAGCGAGGAUGAUGCCCCACCGAACAAAGCGAGCGGCAAAGGAAACAGCAAGAAGCGCUCGGAGCCCCACGACGACGAAGAGGAGCCACUACAACACUCUGCGGUGAAGAAGCACAAAAGCAAUUGA